AUCUGGGGAUCAAAACAGACUGGACGCGAAAUUUGGGGCCUGAAAGGGAAAAAGAGCCCGACCGCUGCCGCCGCUCCCCACGGCGGAGCAGAUUUCAAUUUACUUCUCUCCGCCGCCGAAAGUUUUCGAUCCAUUUUCCCUCUUCCCGCCACACGCGGAGGAGAGGGAAACCAUCGCCAAAUGUAAAUUUGAAUCAAUUUAUUAAUUUUCCCAUUUUAACGUUGAUGAUAUACAAUAUAUAUAUACACAUGUACAUAUAUAAGCACGAACUCCUGCAAGCAAAGCAGAGAACAUUCACCAUACAUCGCCGGUUGGAGCAACUCUGACUCAACUCGGACGCAGGUCAGAUCGGACCAGUCGGUCUCCGGGAUCGUUGACGUCGAUGGCUGUUCCUUCGAGCUCGCCUCUGAGGACCAAGAGCAGCGCCUCGGAGGCGGAGGCCGCGGUGGCGACGGUGGAUGGGGAGCAGGUCACGAAGAACGAGGAGGUCGUGAAGGACGGGGAAGUUGCCAUCGGUGAUGGAGAGGUCCAGCGGAAGCGGACCAAGGACCCCGGAGUUCGUGUCAUUGGAGGGCGGAUCUAUUGCUCGCUGAACGGCAAGACUUGCCAUCAGUGUCGGCAGAAGACGCUGGAUUUUUCAGCAGAGUGCAAGAACAUGAAAGGCCUUAAGCAAUGCACCAUAAAAUUCUGUCAGAAGUGUCUCAAGAACAGAUUUCAAAUAAGAUAUGGGGAGAAAGCGUCAGAGGUUGCUAAAUUCGAUAACUGGCACUGUCCCAAGUGCAGAGGCAUUUGCAACUGCAGUUUCUGUAUGAAGAAAAGAGGUCAUCAGCCAACUGGCAUACUAGUACACACAGCAAAGAAAACUGGAUUUUCUUCCGUAUCUGAGAUGUUAAACCUUGGAAGCCCCAGCAAUGUUGUGAAAGAUUCAGAUCAAUCACCAAACAAGCCAUCUGUUUCUAAUAAGCUGGUAGUUGUCUCUCCAAGUAAACUGGGAAAGGAAAAUUCUUUUGACAAGGACAUUGAUUUUACAAGUCCAUCAGUGAAGUUCCCAGAAAAGUCUUCUAAGAAAAGAAAAUCUGAGGGGCUGAAGGAAAUUUCCAAUGGUAGGAAGGCUGAUGAUGCUUCCCUGAAAGAUAAACACCUGGAGAGUGACCAACUGGAAGAUAAGAGGUUGCGUAAAAAAGUGAAGGGAAAGGAAAAGGCUGAACCGGGCCAUAAAGCCACAACUAAAAGAAAAAGAAAAAAGCAUGUUCUGGAGGGUGAUUCUACUAAAGAAGAGGAACCAACUGCAGUAAGGGAUGAUGGAGACAGCAAUGAAACUGGGUCAUCAGAAGCUAUAGAAGUGAGGGCUGAUAAAAAUAUUACUGCAGCACCUGUUGAAGUUCCAUUGCCAAAAGGCACCCUCUUAAUCGCUGUGGCUGGUGUUGACUUACCUGCUGAAGCGGUUGGAGAUGUACUGCAGUUCCUGGAGUUUUGUGCUGCUUUUGGCAAGGUUCUUGAUCUGCGGAAAGGUCAAGCUGAAGCUCUGCUUCGAGAAUUAGUAUCCACUCGAAGAAGGCGCACUGGGCCAGCAUCUCUAAUAGUUCGCUUUCAUUUGCAACUGCUAUCUUUUCUUCAAGAGGAUAUUGAAGAAGAGCUUUCAUCUUCAAGUCCAACAAAUGAACAGAGUUCAUGGCUGAAAGCUCUGGGUGAAUUUGCUACUGAAUCUCAAAGUGUCUUGAGAGGAUUUCCUCUGAAUUGCUUUGAAGGAGGUGCUGAGGGUUAUGACAAUUUAGACAUCUCGAAAAAGCUUAGGCUGUUGAAUUUUCUUUGUGAUGAAGUCCUUAAUACUGAACCUUUCAGGACCUGGAUAGAAGAGCAGAAUACAAAGUUCAUUGAAGAUGGCAAGGAAGCAAAGGAAAAGCUUCUUGCAGCAAAGACCAAGGAGAAAGCUUUGAAACAGAAGUUGCAGAAUGAGCUGGCUGAAGCUAUUAUUGCAAAAAAUGGUGUUCCCCUCUCAAUAUCUGAGCACGAAGCUAUUGUCUCACAAGUGAAAGAUGAAAUAGCUCAAGCUCGUGCAGACGUGCUUCAUGGGAAGACAUCAAACAAGCGACAAAGAUCCGAUGCAGUUAGAACUGAGCCGCUCUUCUUGGAUUCUAAUGGUCAUGCUUUUUGGAAGUUGAAGACUUCUGAUGGUGACUCAGAUAUACUUCUUCAAGAGCUGGGGAAUGGCGACUCAGUUGGAUCUGAUGAAAAAUGGUUCAUUUACGAGCCUGAAAAGAAAGAUGCAGUUGAUGCAUACAUCUAUUCUGUCAUAAUGGCAAAAAGACACAGAGUUCGAGCAAAUCAGCCAUCUGCUUCUGAUUCAAUGCAGCAAGUCAAGAUCAUGGCAUGACUGUAUAUAUGAUUCAUCAUCUCCAACUUCAUUAACUGUGGUGAGCUGGUGCUGGAGAUGCAUCUCCAGUAUAUUCGUGAUUUGUUUCUACAAUUGGACGAUUAAUUAUGUAGUUGACUGGUGGCCUUGUUGGUGGAUCAGGCGAUAGGGGAAGGACCAUAUUCUGUAAUCUUUAUUAUCAUUGUGUAGUGUUCGUUGUUGUAGUCGAAUGAUUCGAUGUUUGUAUUGGGAUGUCUAGAACAGAAACCAUUCUUGCCAAUGAGAUAGUAUCAGGCAGCAUUUUUUGGAUAAGUAAGGCAAGAAUCUUUUCUUCCUUGCAAAUUGCUUCAA